UAAGAGGUUAAACCAUCUACUUCUUUGGUACGCGGCAUCCAACAUUUUCAGAUAGGGAUAUAAUCUGAAACUGCUACUGGUCGCCGUUUGGAGAUCCUUGGACCAAUCGCUCACUAUGUCAACAUCUCUCUUCCGUAUCGAUGAGCACACGCUGUCUGGUCAGCACAUACGGGGCUAUGCGCACGCAACCGUACAUGAGCAAGAAGAAGUCCUUCAUCUGGCCAUCAAGCAGUAUACCCCGCUAGACAAUCCACAUCCCAAGCCUGGAGACAUCACAAUAAUCGGAGCACACGCCAACGGCUUCCCAAAGGAGCUGUAUGAGCCACUAUGGGACGACGUGCUCCGACGGUCGAAGCAAUUUGGAUUUUCUAUCCGUGGUAUAUGGAUAGCAGACGUUGCCCAACAGAAUGCCAGUGGAGUACUUAAUGAAGGCAAACUUGGCAAUGACCCAUCGUGGUUUGACCAUUCAAGAGACCUCCUCAGCAUGAUCAACCAGUUCCGGGCUCAGAUGCCUCGACCAAUAAUAGGUUUUGGCCACAGCAUGGGUGGAUGCCAACUUGUUAACCUCAGCCUCAUUCAUCCCCGCCUCUUCGAGACUCUGAUCCUAGUUGAUCCGGUCGUGCAACGUGUGAGCUCUGCCAAGGGUAAUUGGGCCCCAGCCCAGGCAUCCGCCAGACGGAGAGAUUUUUGGCCAUCACGCGCGGCCGCUGAAAAGUCGUUUAAGAAGAGCAAAUUCUACCAAGCAUGGGAUCCACGAGUUCUGGACCGUUUCAUCAAACACGGUCUGCGGGAGCUGCCCACCCAGCUAUAUCCAACUUCUACUUCAACGCCCACAAUUCCAUAUCCUGCCACAUCUACCACGGAGCCGACUUUGACUCCGACGCCACCACAGCCUAGGCCGGUCACUCUCACCACCACAAAACAUCAAGAGGUCUUCACAUUUUUACGUCCAAACCUCUCACCAUCGCCACCCGACCGGCGAACUCACCCCGAUCUUGAUGCGAGAGCUAACCCAGAGACACCGUUUUACCGACCUGAACCAAUACAGACAUUCUACCAACUGCCUCAUCUGCGUCCAUCAGUUCUCUACGUAUUCGGGGAACUCUCUGACCUUUCAACGCCGGAGUUUCGUGCGGACAAACUCUCGAUGACGGGAGUCGGUGUUGGAGGCAGUGGAGGAGUGAAAGAAGGGCGGGUCAAAGAGGUUUUAUUUGAGAAGACAGGUCAUCUGAUUCCCAUGGAAAAGGUCGGAGAGACAGCGGAAAGUAUGGCUCAAUGGGUAGGAGCCGAGAUGGAUCGGUGGCGAGCGGCAGAGAAGCUGACCGAACAGGAUUGGGAAGGUAAAAAGGGAGUAGAGAGAGUACAAAUGAGCGAGAAGCACAUCAAGCUGCUGGUAGCAAUGCAGGACGGCUUGCAGCGGAAGAGCACGACGCCUGCAGAGAAACUGUGAUAGGAGCUUCGAGUAUGCAGGUAGGCUGACUAUUAGACAUGAGUUUAGACGCACGAACCCAUUGUAAUGGCAUUGAAUUGAAGGUUUGAUCACUCCUCGGAA